AUGUCUAAUCUAUCAAUUCGAAUGAUUAAUUCACAUACAUUUUCACUUGUUCAAACAUUUUUCUCAAUGUUAACAAUUGAAUGGACAGUUUUUGAAAUAUUGACAUCUUCGAAUGUUAUGCCUGUUCUUCGACGUGCUAAUGUAUCUCUGUUUAUUAAUAUUAAUGAUUUAAAUUGUAUUAGCUCAUCAGGAAUCUUUACUGAUCAUCGUCAUGUUGAUGUUCAUUUUGCAUUUAAUCUUCUGAAUUGUCCUCCAUAUACCAAAGUAACACCAUGUAUACCACGUGGAAAUCGUUUUCAUUCACGAGAAAUUGUUGGUGCAACAUUCGUUGUUAAUCACUGGUCUCCCAGAUCAGAAUGGCUCAUUGAUAGCGAUCCUUUUGCAACAUCAUCGUUGAGAGAUUUUGGUUUUUACUUUCGACGAAAAUUCAGCUCAUUAGAUGAUGAUAUGAAAACUACAUUUGAAGAUCAUACAAAAUUUAUUAAACAGUUAUGUGAUCAAAUACUCCUAUUAUGUCUUGAUAAACAACUUCAUUAUUCAAUCGAAGAUGAUGGUUGUGGACUCACAAUGUGGUUCUAA